AUUAAUGUCCUCACUUUGCAGCAACUUUGCCUUGUGGUCUCCAAUUCCAAGCUCCUACAAAUAACCCGACCCGUUUGAUCUCCCCCAAUUUUAAACCCUAAAAACCAAACUCACUUUUGUUCAUAAUCUUUCACUACAAAUCUAUUCAAUUCAGUCAACACACACUCUUUCCCUCCCAAAUGCUGCAGAACAUUUCACAUUUAGAGAUUUGAAUUGCACCCAAUUGAUGAAAAUGCUGGUAGAUCAACGUUGGGGAAUGUGGGAAAAAAGUGAAUGUGAAAAAAAGUAGAGGUGUUUCUUGGAUUGAUUUGUAUUUGCCCGAAACAAAUUGUGGGUUAUGCACAGUUGGCCAGGUCGGAUUAGCCUGUUGGGACUUGGUUACUUGAAUUGCCAUGAAUGUGGACAAAGAAGACAAUUUGAAAGUCGGUGUUAAAUCUACGGCUCUCCAGUCUGGAGAUUCCAAAAAGGAACGGGUUAGCGGUUUUGAAACAGCUUGCAUUGGUAGCCUUGUUCUUAGUGAUUUAAUGCUAAUAUUGGAGGCCAUGCUUCAUAUUUUUAACGGCUACCUCUGGCCCAUUCAUGGCAAAUUUGGAAUGUUGACCUAUCAUCUCAAGCUGAUUGUAACCGAAAGUUUGUAUCUGAUAAAUGGUUUGCUGCUAUGAUGUUCAGCAGAAUAUUUUUUGGAAGACUAAUGUCAUGAAUUAUAAGGCUGUAUGGAUAUUUUUUGUUGGAAUGGGAAUUGUUUGUGAAGCAUGUCUUUAAAGAUGUUAUGAAAAUACCAAAGAUUGAUAUAAUCCAGCAGUCCACCACAAUGAAGAGAGGGCAGAUGAUCAAAUGUUGCUGAUUAUAUAAGGGAGAGACACUGAUUGAAUAAGCUUGGUAGCGGGAGUGCUUGUAUUUAAGGUGUAAUCAAAUGUUGUAGCCUGUUAAAGACUCCUUGAAAGAGUUCUAGACACCCAUGAUUGCUAAUUAAAACACAGUUCAUGUAAAAAAAACUAAAGAAGUAAAGACAAAGGUUAAUCAUGUCUUCUGAGUUUUAUUGUGACAGGUCUAUUGGUAAAGGUAAUUCUGAUAUACAAUUUUAUAUAUUGAUUUAAGUUCCUGAAUAUUAGAAUGUUUAAAUCUUUAUCAACAGAUCAGGAUAUCAGUUAACUACAAAAAUUUCAAAAUUCUAAUAUAUUUAUUUUUAACAUCAUUUGGUUUAAUUACAUUGGAUAUGGCCUCUUACUUGUAUACCAAACUUUAUCACUAAAGUAGAUAUAUGGGUUCCGAUUUUUAAUUGAUUAAAAGUUUCUACUAUACGUAACCCUAUAUGUGUGUAGUGAAUAAUUUCCCCCGCUACGAGAUCAUAUGCUAAAAAGAAAGUUUGUAGUAAAGCUAGAAACAGAAGGAUAAGUUUGUGUAGAACUGUGAACCGAAUGCUCCUUGCAAUGAAACUCCGCCGCUCUUCCACUUUAUUGUGUACGGGCUGUUUCUUGUUUUUGUCGAAAACUGUAACUACUUGUUUAGUUUUCACAUGAUGAAUAACUACAAUAUGAACACAUCAUUGUUAUUUUUUCCAGUUCUGAUACUUCUUUUGAA